AUGCCGCGCGAGAUCGUGUCCAUUCAAGUCGGCCAGUGUGGCAACCAGAUUGGUCUCAAGUGGUGGGAUGUCAUGCUGCAGGAGCAGAAGGCCAACCCGCAGUACCCUGACGCCCGCGACGCACUUUUUAUCUCGGGGCCUGUGGGAAGAGAUGAAAGCACAACACUGAGGGCACGUUGUGUCGCGAUUGACAUGGAGGAGGGCGUGCUGCGCUCCAUGUUGCGUGGACCGCUGCAGAACCUCUUUGAUGCCACUUUUUUUGUCUCCGACGUGGGUGGGGCGGGAAACAACUGGGCAGUAGGACACAUGGAAUACGGCGACAAAUAUAUUGAUAGCAUUUCAGAGUCGGUUCGGGGGCAGGUUGAGCGCUGUGACAGCAUUCAGUCUUUUCUUGUGAUGCACUCGCUGAGCGGCGGCACCGGUUCCGGUUUAGGCACACGUGUGCUGGGGAUGCUUGAGGACGAGUUUCCACACAUUUUUCGUAUCUGUCCUGUGGUGAUGCCGGGAACGGUGGAUGACGUGGUGACGGCGCCGUACAACACCGCCUUUGCCCUUCGCGAGCUCAUUGAGCACGCAGAUGCGGUGCUGCCGUUAGACAAUGACGCUCUCGCCCGCAUGGCGGAUACCGCACUGGGGCGCAAGACUGUAACUAAUGCAGCCGGGGAAGUGGUACGUGGCGGGGUGCCGGAUGUCCACAGUUACAGCGUGGCGCAGCCGACCAUGACAAAGUUGCCUUAUGACUCCAUGAACGCGCUUGUAGCACAUUUGCUAAGUAACCUGACGUGUGCGAUGCGGUUCCCUGGUCCGCUGAACAUGGAUAUCAAUGAAAUUACUACAAACCUCGUCCCCUAUCCACGACUCCUAUUUUUCACGUCCGCCGUUGCUCCACUUAACGUUGCGCGAUAUUCAGCGGCUGCCGGACCGCGUUCUGUGGAUUUGCUGCUUAAGGCCUGCUUGGAGAAGGACCACCAGUUUGUCGAUGUCUCCGAGGGUACGCAGUCUGCGCUAACACGGGACGCGGGCACCUGCCUGGCCACAGCCCUCAUUGCCCGUGGGCCGCAGAUUACUGUGGGUGACUUGGCCCGUAAUAUUCCACGCAUUCGCGCGAGGCAAAAGUUGGUAUACUGGAACGAGGAGGGAUUCAAAACAGCUCUCUGCAGUGUGAGUCCCUUGGGACACCGGGAUUCCGUGCUGAUGCUCUCCAAUCAUUGCUCCAUUGCGCAGAAAUUACAGAAAAUCUACGAACGUUUUAUGCGGUUGUAUAAUGUUCGCUCUCACGUGCACCACUACGAACGAUUUCUUGAGUUAUCGUACUUUGAUGCCUCCGCAGAGAUCCUUUCGACGACGGUGGAUGAUUACAACUUUUUGAACACCGUGGAGCCCCCGGCGAAUGUACCGCGCAGCAUGCGGGAGUUAGUGUACUACUAG